AGCGUCACCCUGGGGGGGGGAGUGGGUGGGGCUUCUCUACCGGGCCUGACACUUCAUACUGUAGGAGGGAGUGGGGCUUCUCUACCGGGCCUGACAGUUCAUACUGUAGGAGGGAGUGGGGCUUCUCUACCGGGCCUGACAGUUCAUACUGUAGGAGGGAGUGGGGCUUCUCUACCGGGCCUGACACUUCAUACUGUAGGAGGGAGUGGGGCUUCUCUACCGGGCCUGACACUUCAUACUGUAGGAGGGAGUGGGGCUUCUCUACCGGGCCUGACACUUCAUACUGUAGGAGGGAGUGGGGCUUCUCUACCGGGCCUGACAGUUCAUACUGUAGGAGGGAGUGGGGCUUCUCUACCGGGCCUGACAGUUCAUACUGUAGGAGGGAGUGAGGCUUCUCUACCGGGCCUGACACUUCAUACUGUAGGAGGGAGUGGGGCUUCUCUACCGGGCCUGACAGUUCAUACUGUAGGAGGGAGUGGGGCUUCUCUACCGGGCCUGACAGUUCAUACUGUAGGAGGGAGUGGGGCUUCUCUACCGGGCCUGACACUUCAUACUGUAGGAGGGAGUGGGGCUUCUCUACCGGGCCUGACAGUUCAUACUGUAGGAGGGAGUGGGGCUUCUCUACCGGGCCUGACAGUUCAUACUGUAGGAGGGAGUGGGGCUUCUCUACCCGGGCCUGACAGUUCAUACUGUAGGAGGGAGUGGGGCUUCUCUACCAGGCCUGACGUUCAUACGUAGGAGGGAGUGGGGCCUUCUCUACCGGGCCUGACACUUCAUACUGUAGGAGGGAGUGGGGCUUCUCUACGGGCCUGACACUUCAUACUGUAGGAGGGAGUGGGCUUUUCUACCAGGGCCUGACACGUUCAUACUGUAGGAGGGAGUGAGGCUUCUCUACCGGGCCUGACACUUUCAUACUGUAGGAGGGAGUGGGGCUUCUCUACAAGGCCUGACAGUUCAUACUGUAGGAGGGGAGUGGGGCUUCUCUACCGGGCCUGACACGUUUCAUACUGUAGGAGGGAGUGGGGCUUCUCUACCGGGCCUGACACUUCAUACUGUAGGAGGGAGUGGGGCUUCUCUACCGGGCCUGACAGUUCAUACUGUAGGAGGGAGUGGGGCUUCUCUACCGGGCCUGACAGUUCAUACUGUAGGAGGGAGUGGGGCUUCUCUACCGGGCCUGACAGUUCAUACUGUAGGAGGGAGUGGAGCUUCUCUACCAGGCCUGACAGUUCA